UUAUUGUAUUUGUAAUAUUUCUCUAACUGAGGAAAAAUAUUGUUUUGCUUAAUUUUAUGAAUGUUUUAUAGAUAUUUAGCGAGUUUCUGCCCCAGAGUAUCUUAUAAAUCUGGGCUUUUUGUGAAUGUUAAAGCCAAAUAACUUUGAAAUAAUUAAAAAAUGUCUCCAAGGAAAGAAGUAAAAAAUUUGACACCAAAAAGAAAGAUUGCAAGAAAUACAAAACGGACUGUGGUUAAAGAAAAACGUAAAUUAAACAUGCCUGCUAACAUCAAAGUUAGCAUACCACUGAAAAGAGCCGGAGUUGUACCAAUGCCACGGAUACAGCGAAAAGUAGACAAAGAAACACAGUUGCUACUAGCAAAUGAAGUUGCUAACUCACAGCUGGUUCCAAAAACGGGAAAAAAGAAACUGAUAUCAGAUUUUUUUCAAAAUCGUAUUGUUAUUGAAAAUGCUAGUACAGUUUCAGGUCCCAAAGCUAAUAAUCCAGUAGAAACUAUGUCAAAAUCGCAAACUGCAAAAAAACAGCUCCUGCAAAGAAAACUAUUGCAAGUACACAGCCAACAAGGAGAAUAGUAACAAGAAAAAGAUUAGCUGAUUCAACAGCAGAAAACACUCCAAAG